AUGCUGUCGCGAAAAGUAGGGAUUAUAGCUGGAUUAAGCUUGCGUUUCAACAGCACCGUAGCCCAAAAUGCGGUAAAGCGUGUACAGAAGGACGUUGUAAUUGUCGGGGGUGGCCCCGCGGGCCUCAGUUUGGCGACUGCUCUGAAAAGCUCCCCGAUCGCUUCAGGUCUUGAUGUCACUCUCAUUGAGGGCCAAUCCAUGGACCGCUUGAAAGGAUGGAAAGAUAGGGUUACAAGUGACAAGUAUGAGAACCGUGUGAGUAGCUUGACGCCACGAAGCGUGCGGUUUCUGCAACGAAUUGGUGCGUGGGAUCAUGUCGCCCAGGACCGGGUGAUGCCUUAUGAUGAAAUGAAAGUUUGGGAUGGAGUCAGUGGCUCAAGGAUUGAGUUUGACCCUUUCUAUGAUGGUGAGACGACCGAGAUUGCGUACAUGAUUGAGAAUUCGAAUAUCCAGCAGGGUCUGUCGGAGAGAUUGAAUUCUCUAGGAUUCAACGAUAUCCAUGAUUCUGCAAAAGUCACCGAGAUCCGUCAAGGAAAUUGGCCGACCGUUGUCUUGGAUAACGGCCUUGAAAUUGAGGCUCGCUUGCUCGUUGGUUGCGACGGUCAGCAGUCCCCUGUGCGUAUGUUCAGCGGUAUCGAAAGCCGAGGUUGGGAUUACGGGCGAUUCGGUGUUGUGGCCUCGCUGGAUCUUGAGUACGACAACUCUCGCGCGGUUGCCUACCAGCGAUUUCUCCCAAGUGGUCCUAUUGCUAUGCUUCCAAUGCCUGAGGGCCAUGCUACGCUUGUCUGGUCAACUUUGCCCGAGCGAGCCAAGUGGCUGCAGCAGUUGGAACCCAAAGCGUUUUGCGCAAUGGUAAAUGCCGGGUUCCGCCUUGAACCUGUUGACCUCGAUUACUUGCAUAAGAUGGACCCAGCGGAUACUGCUGCUAUUUUUGACGAGAUUAACUGGCGUCUGGACAACACGCCUAUUGAAGACGAGGUUAAUAACCUGCCCGUGUACGUCGAGAAUCUGCAGGAGAAUACAAGGGCUGGAUUCCCUAUGCGAAUGCGUCAUGCCGAUACCUAUGUUGAGGAAAGAAUUGCACUGGUCGGUGACGCAGCUCACGCGACUCAUCCGCUUGCUGGACAGGGUCUUAACAUGGGUCAACGCGAUGUCGAGUUCCUUUUGGAGGCUCUUGAAACUGCAAUUGGGCGUGGUCUUGAUAUUGGUAGCUUGAUGGCCCUCGAGCCCUACUGGAAAUCAGCUUAUCUACCAAAUCACCUGAAACUUGGGGUUGUCGACAAACUGCAUGCUCUCUACUCUACCGAUUUCUGGCCAGUGGUCCAACUGAGAUCCGUUGGCCUGUCAAUGGUCAACAGCAGUGAUUUCCUGAAAAGUCUGCUUAUUCGUCAGGCAUCAAACUAG